UUUUGGCUCCAUUUCCACUAUAAAAACCCUAAACCUCUACAAUUCAAAUAUAUUAUACAUAUAUACAUACACAUAAUAUAUAAAUAUACACUUUUUCAUUGACUUGCUUGCAUUUUCUUCAAAAAAAAAUGUUUUCUCCAGGAACAAAGAAAUCAAAUAGAAAGGAUCGAACGGCUCGUCCGCAACCACCGCCGUUAGGUAACGGCGGUUCUCCGGUUACUCCUGUAAUCCCUAACCGAAAAAUGGCAACGGAAAAUGUUGUUCCGGACCGACCUAGUACCGGUACACCGGCGCCUUGGGCGUCUCGCUUGUCUGUCCUUGCUAGAAUUCCAACCACAAAGAAAAGCGACAAAGUGGAUGAUGUAGACCCCAUUCAACCUGUAUAUGUUGGAGAAGUGCCACAAGUAGUUCGUGAUGAACAGGCUAAUAUCUUGCAGAAGCGUGUUCCUGGUGAUACAGGCAUCUCUGGUGGGAUGGACAAGGGAGCCUCUCUGGCAUGGAUGAUAUGUGGAAGCAGGCUUUUUAUCUGGAGCUACCUAUCACCCGCAGCUUCAAGAAAAUGUAUUGAUCUUGAACUUCCGUCAACCAAAUUAGAAGAUGGAGAUACUAACGAGAAAUCUGGUAGUGCUUGGUUACUUUGUGUUCUUGACUGGGAUCGUAUCACAUCGAGUACAAACAAGCUACUUCAACAAAGCACUUCCGCUGGUGUUCUUUUAUGUAAUAAGAAAACAAGCACCCUUAUAUAUUGGCCCGACAUUUAUUCUUCCUCCCAUUCAGUCAGUUACAUCAAUCAAUCUGAGUCUGUAACAACCUUCACCAAGCAGCAACAACGAAGUUCUUAUAACUCUUUGAUUGCUUCUGCUAUUCCUCAAGAGCAAAAGGUAUGCAUUGCCCUUGCAUGCAGUUCUAAUGGUCAACUUUGUAAAUUCAUUUGUUCGUCUUCUGGGAUUCUAUGUCAAGGAAUUGUAAAUGUAUACUCUCAAGAAAGUCAACCCCCUGGUACCAAGAGAUAUCCACGGUCACUGAUUUGGCAUGCGCCAUAUGAUUAUUUGAAAGAACCAAAAAGGAGGUUUCUUCUAUUGACAGAUCAUGAAAUACAAUGUUUCCGCGUUGACCUUUUUCGGGAUUUUAGUAUGUCAAAACUGUGGUCUCAUGAAAUAGUUGGAAAUGAUGGCGAUGCUGGUAUACAGAAGGGCCUAGCUGGACAAAAGGGGAUUUGGCCCCUUGACAUGCAAGUAGACAGUCAUGGGAAAGUAGUAACUGUUCUUGUUGCCACCCUUUGUAAGGACAGGGCCACUAGUUCAAGCUAUACAGAAUACUCUCUUCUAAGCAUGCAAUACAAAUCUGGGCUGGAUAUCUCCUCAGACUCCACUUACCAUUUAAACGAGAAAAUAUUGGAGAAAAGAUCACCAAUUGAAGUGAUAAUCCCGAAGGCUAGAGUAGAAGAUGAUAAUUUCUUAUUUUCUAUGAGGUUAAAAGUUGGUGGCAAACCUUCUGGAUCUUCAAUUAUAGUUUCUGGUGAUGGAACUGCAACAGUCACACGUUACUGGAGAAACACAAGCCGGCUUUAUAAAUUUGAUUUACCUUAUGAUGCUGGGAUUGUUCUGGAUGCUUCAGUUUUCCCUUCUGAGGAUGGAGAAGAUGGUGCUUGGGCUGUCCUCACAGAGAAAGCCGGGGUGUGGGCUAUUCCUGAAAAGGCAGUUUUGCUUGGUGGAGUUGAACCUCCUGAACGAAGCUUAUCUCGUAAAGGAAGCUCUAAAGAAGGAUCCACACAGGAGGAGAGAAGAAAUGUUUCCUUUGCAGGAAACAUUGCUCCUAGAAGGGCUAGUUCAGAAGCAUGGGAUGCUGGAGAUAGACAAAGGCCUAUUUUUACCGGAAUUGCACACCGGACUGCUCAAGAUGAAGAAUCUGAAGCUUUACUUGCUCAGUUUUUUCAUGAUUUUCUCCAAUCUGGAGAGGCUACUGGGACAUUCAAUAAGCUUCAGAAUUCAGGGGCAUUUGAAAGAGAUGGAGAGACAAAUGUCUUUGCCAGGGUAAGUAAAUCGAUUGUUGACACGCUAGCUAAACAUUGGACGACUACUAGGGGCGCAGAGAUUGUGGCUCUGGCUGUUGUAUCCACACAGCUCGUUGAUAAGCAGCAGAAGCAUCAAAAGUUUCUCCAGUUUCUUGCUUUUUCUAAAUGCCAUGAAGAACUGUCUUCUCGACAGAGGAAAUCUUUGCAGAUCAUAAUGGAACAUGGUGAAAAACUAGCAGCUAUGAUUCAACUCAGGGAGCUCCAGAAUCGGAUAAGGCAGCAGAGUGCAACUGGUGUUGCCUUUGCCAACUCCAACUCUCAGAACGAGCUUUCUGGUUCCAUUUGGGACCUGAUUCAGCUAGUUGGUGAGAGAGCACGUCAAAAUACCGUCCUUCUAAUGGAUAGAGAUAAUGCAGAAGUGUUCUACAGUAAGGUGUCUGAACUUGAAGAAGUAUUUCAUUGCUUGGAGAGAAAGUUAAGUCUCAUAAUCAGUGAAGAGAUGCCAUUAAUGUUUCAGCUCCAAAGAGCAUGUGAAUUGUCAAGCAUGUGUGUCACGUUACUAAAUGCAUCAAUGAACUAUAAGGAUGAGAAUCAUAUGUGGUACCCCCCACCAGAAGGCUUGACACCAUGGUAUUGUCAAACUGUGGUAAGGAAUGGGAUGUGGACUCUUGCAUCUGUCAUGCUUCAGCUGUUGAAAGAAAUGGGCCACCUCGAUAUAUCUGCAAAGUUGGAGUUUCUUUCUCAUCUAGAGGUACUGGUUAAAGUAUUACUCGAGGCAUACUCUGGUGCCAUCACUGCAAAAGUUGAGCGUGAAGAAGAACAUGGUGGUCUAUUAGAAGAGUACUGGAGCAGGAGAGAUACACUUCUUGAUUCACUUUAUCAGCAAGUCAAAGGUUUUAACGAGGUAAAGGGUUCAAGUGAAGCGGUGGAAGAGCAAAAUGGAAAUAUCACUCAACGAUUAUCUAAUUUGCUGGCUAUUGCUAAACGACACGAAGGAUAUCAAACUCUUUGGAAUUUGUGCUUUGAUCACAAUGAUCUAGAAUUACUCAGAAGUCUAAUGCAUGACAGUAUGGGUCCCAAGGGAGGAUUUAGUAACUUUGUGUUUAAACAAAUGUACAACAACAAACAGUUCUCCAAACUUAUGAGACUUGGGGAAGAGUUUCCAGAAGAGCUGGCAAUAUAUUUGAAAGAGCAUCCAGAUCUCCUUUGGCUUCAUGAAAUAUUCAUGCAUCAGUUUUCCUCCGCUUCUGAAACUCUUCAUGUCCUGGCACUUUCUGAUGAUGAUGGCUUAAUCGCUGAAACUGAGGAACCCACAUCUUAUGAACCUAAGGUUGAACUAACGUUGGCUGACAGAAGACGGCUCUUAAACCUCUCGAAGAUAGCUGCUGUGGCAGGAAGAGAUGCUGAUCAUGAUACUAAAUUUAAGCGGAUUGAAGCUGAUUUAAGAAUUCUGAAAUUGCAGCAAGAAAUACUGAAACUCCUUCCCGAUGAUGAAGAAACACAAGAGAUCACACAUAAGCUUCUCCCACCUGCUGACCUUAUCCAGUUAUGCUUCAAGAUUCAAAACAAACAGCUCGCUCUAUAUGCUUUCGAUGUAUUUGCAUGGACCAGUCUCUCCUUCCUGAGAUCUAACACAAGUCUUUUAGAAGAAUGUUGGAAAAAUGCAGCCAAUCAAGAUGACUGGGAGACCAUAAACCGGACAUCCGUGGCUAAGGGCUUGAGUGAUGAAGAAAAUUUGGAGGUUCUUAGAGAGACCACUCUUUUUCAAGCUUCACGAAUAUGUUAUGGUCCCGAAAGCGAAACUUACCAAGGCAAGUUUGAAGAAGUGCUUCCGUUAAGGCAAGAAAGCUUGGAGUCUUCUGUAGGCUCUUCAGUGGAAGCAAUCUUGAUGCAGCAUAGAAGUUUUCCUGAUGCUGAUAAGUUGAUGGUGACUGCAAUUAUGUUGGGAAGUGUUGCAGCCGAUACAGGAGUGAAGGAUGGUCCCUCACCUAUGGAGUAAAUGAACUGUCUGCAUUUUCAGCUUGUUGGUUUUGUUUACGAGUUGAGAUGAUUACUAGCAACACAUGAUCGAGUGGCCAUUGGUCUAACACAUUUUAGAGGGUUAAAAUCAAUUGUCUUUUGUGAUUUUUGUUUACCCUUGUUAAAUGCAAUCGUUAUAAACUGUUUUGGCAUUGCAAUAGAUGUUAAUGAUCUGUGACGAGCAGACGUAUGCACAACCUUAGUUGUAUGAAAUGAGGCUUCUUAAAUGUUUUCGCAA